UUAGAGGCCUAUAUGGAAACAGUCAAGCCAAUACAAGUGGUUUUGGAGCGACAACAUUAUAAGAGUAGUGCUGAUUCAAGACCUCUUCAGUCAAGACGAAGACCUUUGACUUCAAGGUUUGGGGGGCAAUGUUUGGACCCAAAAUGAGCAUUUUGGCCUGACAAAGCACGUCUUGGAGAAAUUGAGCCAAUGUCAGUGGCUCAAGCUAUAUAUUGUCGACAAGUUCGAAAUAUAUAUUUAGAGGCUAAAUAAAGCCUACUAUGGAAGCAUGGAAGCAUGAAAGCAUGAAAAGUCAACUUUAGCACAUUUUCCUACUUCGGCUAGGAGAAACCGAGCUAAACAAGGAAGGAGGGGCGGCAGACUAACCAAACGAAAUUCAAAUGAGCUGAAACUUUCCAGAUUAAAUCUAGAAAGCCCAAGGAUCAUUUCUUAUGAAGAGUGCCAGAGCUAGUUUUGAGUGGAAGGUCUUCAAACAAUCAGUCCAAUUUCCUUGUCUAGAGAGGCUUGGAAAACUGGACCUGUAAGAGGUCCAGCAGCGUUUUCGGCCCAACCACUAUAUCAAAAGCUCUGAAAUUUUACCAGGGUGAUCUACACUCAUAGUGGAACAUUUCUUAUGAAGAAGUCAUGGUCAAAAUCUGAGUUCUUGAUGGAGAUAAAAUUGAAGGAAUAAAGGAGCAGAAAGUGCUUCAUUAUCUCCAAAAUUCAUCAUUCCUUAUCUCCAAUUAUGCCUCCUUAUCUCCUUAUCUCUGAAAUUCAUCAUGCUUUACCUCCAAUUAUGCUUCCUUAUCUCCAAAAUUCAUCAUUUCUUAUCUCUAAUUAAUGCUCCACUAUCAUUUGUUUAAUGCUAAACACCUUGGCAUGGUAGCAUAUAAAUAGAGGUUACAAUGAAACACUUAGAGACACAAUUCACUCAUCAAUACAUCUCUAAGAUGAUCAAAGUCUCUCUAGAGCAAACCUCUCUAAGAGCAACUCCUAUCCUUCUCUUUCUCUUACCGGUGAUCACACUCCUAGUCCUAGUCUUCUCAGAAGCCGACUUUCAGUGCCACCAAACCCUCUGUCAACGUACUUCGGUCCUAGUCUCCUUGGGAGCCGAUUGUAGUACCACGACCACAACGGUUAUGGAACCAGCCAAGAAAGGGUAACGCCCUCGCAAACCAGCCAAGCUAAAGUCACGCUUUAGCAAGUUCUCUCUACUUCCCAGUGGUUCUCGCUCUGCUCGAUCUACAACAUCGAGUAUCGAUUGUGAUUUUCAAGAAGAUUAGCAAAAGUCCUCACCACGAGGCAUAAAGAAUCCCACGACGAGGUUGGUGCUCUCCUCGUCUACAAUUGCUUGAAAGAAGUCAGGUCAAGGGACACCCCCGACGACCGCACCCGAACGGUGCUGGCACGCCCGCUCAGAAAAGAGACUGUUGACCAGCUGCAACAAAAUUGGAGCCAAACAUUUUGGCACGCCCAGUGGGACUUACUGUGAGCUGUAAAACAAAAUCAUUACUAAUUAGAAACGCACCGCAGUUUUUUUUUAAAGUAAAUUUUUUUUUUUCUGUGUUCUAACUAUAUAUCCCAGUAAAAUUGUGCCAAAUCCAAAGCAACGACUAUAUAAAAAGGGGUAGGGUGCUAAGCUUUUAGGCUGUAGAGUCUACUGCUUAUUGAACACACUUUCCCGCACUUUCUCAUCGGAAACUAAACAAUCCUCGAUCUAUUUCGUUGCAAUGAAGACACGGUUGAGCCGGAAUAAUGACUUGGAAGCCGGAGAGACCCCUUUACUCUACCCUUCGAUGACGGAGAGGCCGGAGCUCCGAUGGGCCUUCAUCCGCAAAGUCUAUGCCAUCCUCACCUUUCAGAUACCCCUCACCAUCCCCGUCGCCGCCACCGUCUACUUUAAUCCUGCAAUCGCCGUAUUCCUUAUCGAAACUUGGCUCGGAUGGUUUCUGAAACAAACGAUCAUCAUCACCUCCCUUGCUGUGCUUGUCGCCAUGGUGGUUUGUAGCAAACAGCACCCGCUAAAUUACGUGAUCCUUGGGGCUUUCACUAUAUGUGAGGCCCUCAUGGUCGGAGUAAGUUGUGCAUUUACCAGCGGGAAGGUGGUUUUGGAGGCUGCGAUUCUAACUGCUGUGAUUUUUCUAAGUCUGACCUUGUACACCUUUUGCGCCGCAAGGAGAGGCCAUGACUUCAACUUCUUGGGUCCUUUCUUGUUUGCAUCCCUGCUGGCUCUGCUUGUCUUUGGAGUGAUACAUAUUUUCCUCCCUCUUGGUAAGACUAGUCAUAUGAUAUACGGGAUUGUGGGAAUACUCAUAUUCUGUGGCUACAUUGUCCAUGACACAGAUGAAUUGAUCAAGCGCUACGAGUACGAUGAGUACAUUUUGGCGGCCAUCGACUUGUAUUUGGACCUCCUCAACUUGUUUCUCAGGUUUCUCGAGUUGAUGAAAGAUGCUGAGAGCUCAGACGUUGCUUAACCUCGCUCUCUUAGUCUGUUAAAAAUUGUCGUAACCAACUGAAAUGCUCUCUCAUUAAUAUACACUGAUGAUUGACGAACACCUUAAUUUCUCCCUUGAAUCACUUAAACUCAGAUUAAUGUUGCUUUUGUAUUUUCUUCUCGAUCUCUUUCAAAGUAGAGAUCAUGUAGGAGGACCACCAGUUGAAGGUGCUGAUUAUGCUAAGUGACUAGCUUUGUCUAUCUAGGUUACACGUCUAGCUAGCCGGCCUUAUUAUACUUUCCACGGUUUUCAA